UUGGCGGGCGAAGAGCGCGGGGAUGGCUGCGGCUUUCAAGAAAGCGGCCAAGGCGGGCCAGCGCCAGCACCGGGAGCGAGCCCAGCUUGGCUCCCGGAAGCAUCUGGGGAUUCUUGAAAAGAAGAAAGAUUACAAGCUCCGAGCUGAUGACUACCACAAGAAGCAGAAUGUCCUCCAGGCGCUUCGCAAAAAGGCGCAGGAGAAGAACCCAGAUGAGUUCUAUUUCAGAAUGACCCGUGUACAGCUUGAGGAUGGAGUUCACGUGAUUAAGCAGCAGGAAGAAGAAAGGACGCUGGAACAGCAGAAGCUGAUGAAGACACAGGACUUGAAAUACAUUGAAAUGAAGCGAGUAGCUGAAGCCAAGAAAAUAGAAAGUCUGAAAUCAGAGCUCCACCUUCUGGAAGCUGAGGGAAAGCAGCCCAACAAGCACACUUUCUUUUUUGAUUCAAAGAAAGAAGUGCAAAGGUUUGACCCUGCCGCCCAUCUGAACACAGUCCCAGAGCUGAUGGGAAGAGCGUACAACCGACCGACUCUUGAAACACUGCAGAAGAAAAGCAUCCAGGGGACCACUCAGCCUGACCAAUUACAGAAAUUGGCCGAACAGCGGAAGCACCGGUAUAACUUGCUGAUGCAGCGCAUAGAGAGGGAGCGGAAGAUGUUCAUUGUUGCCCAGAAGCUCCAGACGCGGAAAGACCUCUUGGACAAAACUCAGAAAGUGAAGAUGAAGAAAGAAACAGCAAACCAAGCUGCAGUUUACAAAUUCCAGUUCAGACGGAAACGCUGA